AUGGACCCGAGAUUAGAAUUUCAUCGAAUGCAUAGUGAAAUAAAUAGCCCCAUUAAACCGAGCCUUAAAGAUAGCAAUUACGAGGAUAACUUAGUUCAAACACAAUCAUUGCUUAAAGCGGCUAAAAUAAGUCGUCGUCAAUCCAUCGCACCCGAACAAUCCGAGUCUUGUUGUAAUAUUAAAAUCGUCAAAGAAUUGAAUGGAUCUUCGAGCAAAUACAAUUAUGAGAUUAUUCGUUGUUCAAAAUCUAAAAGUGAAAGUGGAAGGAAAUCAACCUUUUUUUAUAAAGUGUUUAGCCCAUGCAAAGUUAUUUGUGGAAAAGGAAAAACCAGUUAUACUGUGACUGCUAGAUGCAAUGUCAAUAAAAAGAAGGUUGUGAUUAAACGCGUUGACAAGGACGAGCUUAAAAUCCCGGAUUAUUAUAAACCUCCAUGCUUUAGUCCUUCGAACUGCUCAUGCGGUGAAUGCCUAUACGCAUCACAACCAUCGCCUCCAUCUUCGGUAACCUCAUCAAAUGUGAUCGGUUCAAGAAGGAAUUCUUAUGUAACUGCGACUACGUGGACAGGUUCAAAUCUCAGUAAUAAUUCUCCGCCAACUUCAAUUCUUAAUAAUUCAUCUCAACUGUCAAUCCACAAUGGUUAUUCUCAAACUUCAUAUUUCAAUAACUCCCCAAGCGAUUCAAUUCUUAAUGUGGGUACCCCUCACUCAAGAUUAUCUGCACAAUUUAAUAAACCGAAAAAGGCUCCUUCCGUUACAUUUGCGUCAUCCGCACCAUCUUGUGAGAUGCCUUCUACCAUUCCUCAAUCUUCUUCUUUAGAGACUUCUUCUAUAGUCGCUAGAUCAUCAACAAUCGCUUCAUCUAUUAAAUCGAAUUCUUCGCACUCUUCGAUUUCCGUACAACCACCUUCCAUCUAUCCAUCACAUAUUGAUUUGAUACCCAUCGAAUUACAAGCUUUAUAUUGUAAUUCGAAUGAUUAUUUACCUGCCUAUAUAAAUUAUUUCGUUGAUGAUAGAUAUUAUUAUUACAUUACCAAGAAUCAUGGCGUUAGACAAAGGAAGUUAAAGAAACCUUCUAGUUGGUUCAAAAAGAAAUAUUUUGAUGUUGAUUGGGUUACUUAUGUAGCCAAUUAG